UGCGCGCCCACCGAGCCUCCUGUCAGCGUCCUGUCGGCUCUGAAAUGGGGAACAGCAAACCUUCAGCGCUCCUCUCACUUAUCGGUGUCAUGCUGCUCUGGCCGUAUGUUGCCACCAAGAGUGUGUCGUCCAGACUGCAGGCUGCAGACGGCACCGCUCUCUCUGCAGGUCAAGGAGAAGAGCGCCCUCAUGUGGUGAAGCGGUCAACACAGCAGAAGUGUGACAGCAGUUAUGACAAUCUGUGCCUGAACCACGGCCAGUGCAUGCUGCUGGUGGACAUCAACGAACACCACUGCAAGUGUGAGAGGGGCUACUAUGGCCCCAGGUGUAGCAACGCGGAGUUCGUGGGGAAGAAGGCCGUGGGAGAAGAGCAGAUAAUUGUUGCCAUCUUCUGUGUGAGUCUGCUGAUUAUAGGUCUGGCCGGAGCUCUGUACUUCUGCUGCAAACGGUAUAAGAAAAACAGAUUCCCACGCCAGCAGAAGCGGCAGGGUUACAAAGGAGUCCAGAUAGCUUAGAGUGCCACACACACCCACUGCAUCCGCCUCUGGAGAUGACAAACCAGGAUUUUUUUUUACAGUUACCAAAAAGAAUAUUUCAACAUAUCAUGACGUUACCUGACAAGCUUACACUCAUUGGUUGGUUUACUGGAUGUCACAAAGCGUUGAAUCACUUCAUCAAGCCGGCAGAUCGGCACAAAGAGAUUAGAAAUGCUCAAAAAGAAAAAGCUUUUGUGUGUGCAAAGGUUGUUCUUGCCAGCUGCACUGGUUCUAGUGUUUCUGCUGCCCUCAUGUUUGAAAAAGAUGAAUGGUGAGGCACACAAAGACAGUUUCUGUGGUGAUAAUGAUGAUGGGUCAUGGAAAAUUCAUGGAGUAAUGUGCCAGUCUGAACAAAUAUUAGUAGUUUGCAGCUACGGAACAUUUCUGACCCUGUUUAGAGCUCCAGCGUCUGUAAAACGAGGUAAACCAAGACACAUGUUUUUAAACUUCUAAGGCAACAAGCCACAGUUUAACUGACAGACAUUAUAAUGCUUGUUACCAAAGCAAUUCAUCUGCCUUUUUUUCUAAAUUAAGCUCUCUUCGUUGUAAGUUAAUGUGUUGAUUUUAAGAUAUCAGAGAGCUGAUUUUUGAGAUUGUGCAAGGUUGCAGAUCUCGUCACAUCUUUUAAAGGGGCGAUGUGUCAUUUUUGGCCACAGGGGGCAGCAUUUCAUCUUGUGUGAGAAUUGCAUGAUUUACUAAUUACAGCAAUGCCACUGUUCAAGAUAGCAUAAUGUUAAAGUUAGACACAAAAACCUUACAAAGUCCUCAGAUGUGUAUAGUCAAUGUUCCAAACUAAAAUUAAGACUAAGUUUUAGUUUUAGGUGUAAACUUAAGCAGCUAAAUGUUUUAUAGCUAGCAGUGUAGCUGCGUAUGCUUCCUCUCUGAGGGCAACCUACAUGCUACAGUGACUCACUACUGCCCCUUGAGGCACAAGUGGUAUCACAAGACAGGAUGGUUGGAGCCAGCUGGUUUUGAGACCUCUGAAACACAAACAUCUUUGACAUAACAUCACAACUGUCAGUUCUUUGCAUUCUGUUGACAAUGUUAGUUCAUUUUUACAAUGUUUUAAACUAAAAGUCUGGUCAAAUCUUGCACAUUGCUCCUUUAAAUCAGCCUAAGAGACAGGAAAAACCUUGAAAAUAAAGUCUUAACUACUGCUGUGUAACAGUACAGUUCUACACAGGUUCAAAGUUUUUUAUUUAUAUCAAACAUUUCUGCCUGGUUUAGCUUGUAUUUAUUGCUGCUUUUUUGCAUUUUGUAGCUGUGAUGAAUAUUAAAACUAACCAUUAUUGACAUGAAACGGGCCACUGAGUGUAACAAUUCUGUGUUUUAUUAUUUGAAACUUUGUUAAGUAAGAAAGUAUUCUCAUUUUGAUAAUUUAUUAUAAAGUAUUAAUGUCUA